UUCCAUUUCGUCUUCGCAAGUAGCAGAAUACAAUAGUCUCAAAUAUUUGACGACAAAAUGAAAAUUAUUGUAAUUUUCCUUGUAUUGGCAACGGUUUCUGCUACCAAAUCGAGGGAGUCUAGUUCAGAGAAAACCACAUCAGCAACUUCGGAGGGAACUACCAAGAGCAGCGCUAAGAAUUUAGAUAAUAGUGAGUCGUAUACGGUAAAAUUGAAUUGUGUCAUGCAAAUUAAUCAAUCAAAAAUCCAUUUUUAUCAUUCUACCACACAAAUCUCCCUCUCUCUCUCUCUCUCUUUAUUCGCUGAACUGCACAUACAUCUCGGGGCACCUGUUUUCGGCACUACUACUGUACUCUCCUUUCUGGUGGGGUGUGCCUAGAAUAUUGUGGUUACU